AUGAAGACACAAGGGAGUACUGCAGAAGUAAGGCGACUUCACAUUGUCUACUUCCUUAGUCGAAGUGGUGGUGGCAUUGAACACCCUCAUCUCAUUCGAGUCCAUCACCUCUCGAGUAAUGGCAUUCGGUUACGAGAUGUAAAGAAAUGGUUGGCAGAAUUGCGAGGAAAGGACAUGCCCGAAUCAUUUGCUUGGUCAUACAAGAGGAAGUAUAGGACGGGUUGUAUAUGGCAAGAUUUGCUGGAUGAUGAUCUCAUUACUCCAAUUUCGGACGAUGAAUAUGUCCUCAAAGGAUCAGAGAUUUCCUCUCCCACUUUUAAUAAAGACCUUUCAUACACUCAAAAGAAAGUUCCCAUGCAAGAAGAGCCAUUACCCCUUGAAGAAAUUAAAGGCCACAAGCCCUCUUCCAUUCAAAUUCAUUCAGAAAAAUCAAUGGAUGUCUCAACAAAAACACCCUCAGAAAUUGAAGAAGAAUCGCCAGAUUUUGGCUCCGAGACAUCCACAUUUAUCACUGAUUCUGUCGACCUCGAAUCAGAAACAGAAACAGAACCAGAGAAGAAUUCAGACACUGUCGAACAAGAAAAUAUGCAUGGUAAGAAUUAUCAAGAACCAAAACUUCCCAGCAAAGAAGUAAGAAAUGAGAAUCAUAUGCCUUUUUUGAACUCAACUCCAUCAUAUAAGGACAAGAAGAAGAUGAACAACAAAGUUCCAAUGGAGAAAAACACUACACCAGCUUCAUCAGAGCCUUCAUUCACAAAGAACAAGAGUUAUUCUAAUGGUGCAUCCCACAUAUUCAGGAAUUUGAUUUCAUGUGGUGCUGUGGAUACUAAUGAUUCAGCAGUAGUGACGAUCAAUCGAAAGAAUAAACCUUUCUUGAAUAUGUGUUCUUGUGAUCAGAAUGACGUUCAUUCAGCAGAAAUUUGCAAUAGGUAUAAACUAGGAGGAUGUCAGACGAUCUUUGGUGCUUCAUGUAAUCAACAACAACGAAGUGGCAGAAAGAUCUGCGAUGGGGAGAAGGAUUCAAGAAACCAAAGGACACACUCAACUGCUUACAAGCAAAUCAGAGGGCCAAAUUGCUCGCAAUGUGGGAAGUCAUUCAAGCCAGAGAAACUACUUUCCCAUAUGAAAUACUGCAAGGGAAUGAAAGCCUCAGCCAAGGGUGCAAAUCCUGCAUUUUCUGCUUCUAUUGUCCAGACGAAAUCGCAAAGACCGUCGUCCAAGGAAUCCCAAAAUAAGGAUUCACUCUCUGGCUACUACAUAACCAGUUGA